AUGAUGAUGACGCAGCCUUUCCCUGCCCACCAAGGCAUGCCGCAGCACUUUCCCCCAGGACACCCAAUGAACGCGCAACAUCCGAAUGGACACCCAGGCCCCGGAAUGGUACAGCAAAUGCAUCCUGGCGUAUCCGCACCAGGGGGACCUCAGGUCAGCCAACCGGGCCCGAUGAUGGGUGGGAUGCCACCAGGCGCUGGGACUGCUGGCCCUGGCGUUCCGAACGCCCAUGCUCUCUCCCACCUGAAUCCCGCGCAGGCGCAUAUGCUUCAGGGCCCUCAAUUCCAACAAAAUUUCGCGAACAAUCCUCAGUUCUUACAGCAACACCAACAUCAACAAUUAAUGCGGCAACGAAUGAUGCUCCAACAACAGCAUCAGCAACAGCAACAGCAACAUCAGCAGCAGCAACAGCAGCAGCAACAACAACAACAGCAACAGCAACAACAGCAACAGCAACAUGGUCUCCCAGUAUCAAUGCCCAAUGGUGCGCAAGGAAUCAGCGCUGCUCAAAUGGCUGCAAUGCAAGGGAACCCGGGAAUGCGGCCCAUGAUGCAUCUUCAGCAGCAAAUGCCGCAUGGCCAACCGCAAAGUUUCCAGCACCAACAGCAGUUCCUCGCCAUUCAGCAAGCACAACAGCAGGCACAACAGGCCCAGCAGGCCCAACAGGCUCAGCAACAGGCAAGCAAUGGACAACCAGGUCAACAUACCCCGCAGCGUGCAUCGGCGCAGCCUCCAAACAUGCACGAACAAAGUGGAACCCCGCAGUCUCAGCAUGGGGGUCCGCCUCAAGGAAGUGGCACUCCUCAACCCUCUCAAUCUUCUCAGCCACCGUCCUCCCAAGCUCCACCCUCACAGGUACCUCAGGGCCAGGCUACUCCGAACCCGCCUUCGCAGCAAUUGCCUCAGAAUCAACAGCCCGGACAACCAGGACAGGCUGCUGGCCCGCAGCCACAGCAUCUCCAAAACGCACAGGGUCAACAAGGACAGCAGGGCCAGCAGCCAGGUCCUCCGACCCAGCAAAUGACGCCUCAGGAAAUCCAGUUGAAGACGCAACAACACCAGAUGAUGAUGCAACAGCAGCAGCAACAAAGGAUGAAGCAACAAAACCAAUCAAUCAUGGCUCUUAAUGCUUAUUCCGAACAGUUAGGCAAUUUUAUAUCCCGCAACGAAGCACAAGAUCUUUUAUACUGGCAAUCAUUUGUGGAUCGCUUCUACAGCCCUGGCGGAGUGUUGCGACAGGGUGUUUGGAACAACACGGCAGGAUCUAAACAAUUUGAGAUUGCAACACCCGCUUUGGCGCGUUAUUACUUGACCCAGUUCAUGAGCGGCAUUACACAAAUCCAGAUGGUAGUGGAAGGCGCCCGUGAGCGCGAAUCUCCCAACGGAGGUCACUAUGUGGACGCUGGAAAAUGCUCAUUCAUCUAUUGGUUCAAGAAUGAAUGCCAGCUCUAUACCACCGGCUCUUUGCGUGCGCAUUUCGAUGUGAAUAACAAACUCGAGAUGCUUGAUAUUAAUGUCGUCAGUCAUCAGGAGUUCAUUCCUCGGUCACUGUUGCUGUCUAUGGAGGCCGAAUACAAACAAAGCCCAAAGGUUCCGAAGAACUCAAAACGCGCCCAACAGAAGCCAACUCCGCCACUGGCGCUGCCGGAUUCCAUGGUGAAUCUCAACGGCGUUCCUACUGAAGUCAUGGGAUUUUUGGAGGUGGCCGAGACCAUUUCCCAAAUGCAAAUGCUGUUCCAGUUCUCGCAAUCAAAUCCACAGCUCUCACCCCCAGAUGCUUUGCGAAAUCUCGUCAACACCCUCCAGACGCAGAACCCCAACCCCAGCUAUGCGCCAGGCCCCAUGAACCCAGCCAUGAGCCAAGGAAUGAACCCCAUGAACCCCGCUAUGAGCCCUGGCAUGAACCCAGCCAUGAAUCCCGCCAUGAACCCAGCCAUGAACCCAGCCAUGAAUCCCGCCAUGAACCCCGCUAUGAACCCGGGAAUGAACCCUGGCAUGCAGCCCAUGCAAAAUGUGCGGGGCCAUAGCAUGGGUGCCCCAUCGCAGUUUGCCUCGCCGGCUAUGGCCCAUCUCGGCCUCCCGGGACAGCAAGGCUCGCCUCACCUGACUGGUUCAGCACAUGCGAGCCCGGCUCAAAGCCACCUGGCCGGUCCCCCGGGAAUGCAACCACCAAUGCAGCCAUCUCCAGCUGGCGUGAACAACAGUCCAAAUGUAGGUGUCAACAAACGUCGCCGCGCAAGCACCGUCAAGAUGGAAAACGAGGAUGGUGCCGGAGUCGAUGCUAACGGCGCUCCGCAGGGCUCAGCGAAAGUAAAGGCUAGCCCUCGGGUGCCGAAGCGACAGAAGGGCGCCGCCGCCUGA